GGGCAGCACCGGGUAACUAGGCAACUUUGGAGGUGUGGCCCGGAGCGGUAGGUUGGUAACAGUUGCAAUCAGACAUUAUUCGAUUCUGCUUUAAUAGUUUGGGCCGUUUUGUUAGAUUAACACAUGGAGAACGUGACCCCACAACCAAUGGAUUCGGUCAAAGCUCUGCAGUCCUGCCAUAUCCAACGAUGAUGGGGAGCCUUGGACAUCAGUUUAAAAGACCAGGCUGAAACAUUUGCAACCAUGUUCAGCUUGAUCCCAGCUCCUCCUGAGGUCCCCUACAUCACAGAAUUCAGUCUUCAGCCAAUUUGAUUCACUCCGUGUGAUAUCAAGAAACAUCUGAAGGCUUUGGAUACUGCAAAAGCUGUGGACCCUCGCAAUAUUCCAGCUUGUGCUCUAGAACUUCUUGUGCCCCCUAACAAAGCUGUUCCAGUACAGCUACGACACUGGCAUCUACCUGGCAAUGUGGAAAAUUGUCCAGGCAUGUCCUGUCCACAAAAACAGGACAAACUGGCCAAUUACCACCCAUCGGUCUACUCUCUAUAAUUAACAAGAUGAUAGGAAGUGUCAUGGACAGCAUUAUCAAAGAACACUUACUCAGUGAUAACCUGCUCACCAGUAGUCAGGUUGGGUUCUGAUGGGGCCAAUCUUCUCUCAACAUCGUUGUAGCUUUGGCCCAAACAUGGACAAAGAGCUGAAUUCCAGAAGUGAUGAUGUUCAGGAAAGGUGGAUUGCGGAAUUCUGCCCUGGCGAGAGCCCAGGCCCAGCUCUCUGGACAGAGAAUAUUUGGAAGCUUUGAGGACUCUGGAGAUGAACUGCAGGAAUAUAUGAACACUCUGUACAAGAAAAGCAAUUCCCUGAAGAUUAAUCCAUUUAACUUGCAUGAAAUCAGUGACCAAAGUGACAUUUCAUUAGAGGAUAUAGUGGAUAGAGAAUGGAAAGGGAAUCGAUAUUCAAAAACUGCAGCUACUGUAAAGCCAGCAGAAGGCAUCAGGGAGCUGCCAUUGACUGGCAAUCGGUUCUUGAAGAAGCCAAACAAAUUGGCAGUGUCACAAAGUCCCACAGUGAGCAAGAGCAUGUUGAAGAAAGCUAAUGAGGAAGACACAAGAAGACCAGAUGCUGCCUCGGCGUGGGUCAGAUCUUCCAGUGCUGUGCUUGCCAGACUAACGCAAAUAGAAAACAAAAUCGUGAGCAGAAGACUGAGUGCACACACAAUCGAUUCUGAUGAGGAUUCACAUAUUUCUGAUGAGAAGCAACUUUCUCCCAAGUCAAGCAGUGAGUUAAGUGGAAAAGGGAGCAGAUUCCUGAAGAGAAUGUCAGAUACUGCUACAAAGCAGGAGCACAAUGUCAGGACUCUGAAGAAAGAAAUGGGAUCUUCAAAGAGAGACCAGCAUAAUGCAUAUCCUCGAACUCCAGCCAGAGUGGCCACAAUUGACAGUGAUGAAGAGGAAAUGAGGAAAAUACUAGGAGGCUCCUUAGAACUCGCUGAUGAAAGUGAACUUAUAAAAAGAUCACUUGUAACUCCACAACACAGUUUCAAGCUGCGAAAACAGUCUACCUUGAGAAACCAUCCGAGGGGCCAAUUGAGAAUGCCCUCCCCACCUAGUGUGGGUUCCCCUCUGAGCCAGUCUCCAAGAAUGAAGUUUGUGAAACAACUCCCGUCUUCCCCAUCUGAACGAAGUGAGAUUAAGUCUUUGGAUGAGCUCUUUGCUGAACCCUCUGUUGCUGAGGAUGUGAAAAGUCUUGACAAUGAGUCCUCCAAUGACUUCCGGCUAAAUAUCUUGACUCUGGAAGAUUUGGUUCCAUCUGUAGAACAGAAAACUACAAAAGAAGCACCAACUCUGAAGAAUGAAGAGAGUCGACCCCCUGAUAAUCAGAAUACGCAAUCUGCUCUUCACACCUCAGAGCUACGUAUGGCAAAUGAGCUAGUCAGUCCACAUACUCAACCUUCCACACCUUCAAGAGAAAAAUAUGAGAGUGACUUGGAAAGUGAUAUCAUGGUGGAAAAUGCUGUAACUGGAAGUGAAAUCACUGAACAUUUGACUGGCGAUUCUAAUGUGUCAAAGAAGGAAAAGAACUUUCCAGAGAAGCUGCACAAGCGAUUAAAAGCAGAUGGUGAGAGCACUCUGUGUUCUGAAUACUCGGAGGACUUUGAAAAUUCUGACUCUGAAGUAUCAUUGGCAAAAAUGGACCAGAGUGAAUCAUGUGCUGACCAGAGUGAAUCAAGUGCUGACCGGUUAUCUAAGGAGGAGCUAAAGACAGAUUACUCUGACUACAGCACUUUCCAUUCAACAUCCUCAACUCCGACUUCAGACCAGUCAAAUUUGGCAGCAAGCUCUGAAUCAUCCUGUUCAUUGAGAAGGAAACGAGAAUCAGGGCUGACUAAAGUGAUUGUAAAAGAUACAGCAAUACAGACGCAGCCAUCUGGAUUCACCUACACCUGGCCCAGAGAAGGAGGUGUGACAGUCCUCGGAGCAUCUCUUGGAGCUGCAUAUAUAGAUCCCACCCCCAUUGCCAGUCACGUUAUCAGUCCUGAAGCAAUGGAAGCACUGACAGCUUACAAUCCUGCCAGCUUUGCUCUGAAUGACAUGCUGAAACAGCAGCUCACUCUGAUUCGCCAGUUUGUGCAAGUGAGCCGGCAUCUCUAUUUAUCUGUUGUGGCCUCAAUAGAACAGGACAACUACCAUUACACAACCUUGGAAGAAACUAAAGAGUUUAUCAGAAGUCGUAGGCCACCUCCAAUCAGCUUGGAUCAGGCCCUGGAAGAGGUGCACCAGGAACUGAAGGAAUAUCACUGCAUAUGACUACCAGCAAGGCAGGGAAGUAAACCUUGCAAUGUUAAUGAUGGAGAGAAGAGCAGCUUCUGCUGUGACUCGUGCUCUUGUCAAUGUUACCAGUAAAGCAUUUAACAUUAUCCUGCUCACUUG